UGACGUCACACUGUAUUUAUUAGUAAUUAUCAUUAUUGUACAAAAAGUACACAGUCACCGCCUAACUUUGCGGGAAAUGUGAAUUCAGGAUAACAGAACGCGGAAAAAUACAUGUCCUAGAUAAUCAUGGUGAUGCAUGUGGAGCUGCAGGCAACUUGUAGUGCCCUCGGGUAUCAGGAAGGCAAAUCCUACGUGAAAGAACCAGACUGUCUUGAGACUGUCAAAGAUUUGAUUCGGUUCUUGAAGCGGGAAGACGAGACAUGUGACAUACGCCGUCAGCUAGGUCACGCCCAAAUUGUACAGAAUGAUCUUCUGCCUAUACUUGUACAAUAUAGCAAAGAGGAAACUCUUUGGGAAACUGUUAUAAGGUUGUUGGUGAAUCUAACCCAGCCAGCAGUGUUGUGUUUCAAUGGUCAGAUUCCAGAAGAUAAGACCCUGAGGAACUACUUUCUUGAAGUGGAGUCACAUUUACAGUCAAUAAAAGAGGCAUUUGUAAAUGAGGAGGUUUUUGCAGUUAUCACUGGCAAACUUGGGGACCUUUUAAAGCUGGACUGGGAACAUCGACAUGAGGAGCAUCGCUUACUGAUAGAGCGUCUUCUGAUACUGAUCCGAAAUAUACUACAUGUUCCGACCAACCCUGAUGAUGAAAUGAGGACAGAUGAUGAUGCUAGCAUUCACGAUCAAGUUCUCUGGGCUCUGCAUGUGAGUGGUUUAGAAGACAUCUUGCUCUACAUUGCCAGCUCAGAAGAGGAGCGAAACCUAUCUAUGCAUAUACUUGAAAUUGUCUCCCUUAUGUUCAGAGAACAGACUGCAGAUAUGCUGGCAGCAGCAGGAGUACAGAGAUCUGUCAGCGAGAAAGUGAAAGAUGAAAGAGAGUUGGAGAUGGUGAGAGAACAGGAAAAGUUACAGAAGAAAGCUAAUCAGAUGAAAUUCAGCUCUAGACAUUCACGAUUUGGAGGGACGUAUGUUGUGAAGAAUUUCAAGUCAAUCAGUGAUAAUGACCUGAUUUACCAUAAACAACAAGGAGACGUCUCAAAGAUAAACCUAGAUACAAACAAGAAGCCGAAAAAGAAACCGAAGAAUCGGAAACCUAUAAUAGAUAGAGAGGUGAAGCGAAGGUCCACGCUUAGCAUACGUCUGGGGUUGAAGGAGUUCUGUAUACAGUUCUUGGAGAAUUGUUACAAUCCUUUGAUGUAUGCAGUCAAGGACAUUCUGAAUCGAGAGAAGUCGCAAGAACAUGACGAGACAUACUAUCUGUGGUCAAUGCGUUUCUUCAUGGAGUUCUGUAGGCUACAUAGCGGUCAAGUGGAUCUUGUCAGUGAGACAAUGUCGGUACAAGCAUUCCACUACAUUCAAGUACAGCUGUUCCAAUAUUAUGAAAUGCAGCAGAUGGAGAAAAAAGAAGCAAUUGUUUGGGGCAAAAGAACACAUCUAGCACUAAAGGCCUACCAGGAGUUACUGUUAACACUGGACUCUAUGGAUAAAUCUGGAAAUACCACACUGAUGGAGAGCUCUAAAGUCAUCAAAAGUAACAUAUUCUACAUGAUGGAGUUUCGAGAUAUAUUCCUGACAUUACUGAGGCAUUUUGAUCAAAAUAGACAAUCUAGGUCGUAUUUGAAAGAUCUCAUAGAGACAACCCACCUGUUCCUGAAGAUGCUGGAAAACUUCUCAAAAAAGACUGGUCAUCUUGUGGUACAGAAGAAAAAGAAGAAAACAGGAGGAAGGAAAAAGAAGCCUAGAAAUCAAGAAAAUACAGGUCAUGUUGAACCUAGUGAGCAGGAACUGGAAGAUUUAUGGGACGAGAUUUCAAGCGAGUUGUCGGCCAUUUUCCAGGGACGUAGCGAUAUUCCAGAUGAUGUAGCUCCGUUUGACGCAGCAUCAGAAAUAGAUGUGGACCAACAAAGAGUGGAUGCUAUGAUUCGUAUCCAAGACUGCAUGAGGGAGAAGAAAGCAGGGGAGGCUGUAGCAGUUUUCAGAGCAGCUAGGGAAGUAUGGCCAGACCGCAAUGAGUUUGGUUCUGCAGACAUAGCUCCUGAAGACGAGUUCAUGGCCUUGAGGGAAAUAUUUAUGACCAGUUUACCAAUGAACCUGAUGCAUUAG